UCCCCCUCUUCCCUUUCUGCCUGCUGCGCGCGUCACGACUUUUGCGUUAGGCAACCUCGUCGUCACCUUACUUUGUUGAGAGCAACAACCACACACAACUUCUCACACCUCUCACACACGGUUACGGUCACCACAAGCUCACUAAACUCUUGACCACCUCAUCAUCCGUCAUCCACAAUCACAACACACACCCCUGCCUUAUUUACCUCAUUAACUCUCGAACCCACACCCGGGCCUUCACCGCUCAACACCACAAAAUUACUUUGAACCCAUUUCCCUCCCAUCAUCGUUGUUUCCAUCGUCGCCCCCCAUAAACCAACGCAGCGGUAUUUUAGGAUUCUCGCAUCUUAAACUUUCGAAAAGACCGAAAGAAAGAGCGCAGAAAGAGAGAAAUGAUGGAUCCCUCGCGUCGCGGGGUCGUCAACGGCGCAGGGGCCGCCGCAAGUGGCAGCAGCGGCCACAGCAGUAGCGGCAGCAGCAAACAAGGCAACAACAGCGCCGCGCCGAAAAAGUCGUCCAGAAUGAAGGAGGUGGUCAACUACGACGAAAAGAAGCAUUUGCUCGACUUGGAGGAGGACAUUACGCACCCAGUUGCGCACAGGCAGCUGAACGAGCUGGAGGAGCACGUCAACGAUCUUCAUGAGUCGUGGGAGACGGAGUCGAUUUUUGAGGAGAUUUUGGAGGAUAUCACGGAGGACAAGUUUUUUACUGAUGAUCCUGAAGCCUGCACUCCGGAGGAAGCGGUCGAGUAUCGACGACUUCUUCGACUGGUCGGACCUAAGGUGUUCGUCCAGCGAACCGUAGACGCAGGCGUCAUUCCCAUCAAGAAGCUCCUCACGGCCUUUGGCAUCCGUCCGCCCGCCUUCCUGGAAGGCGCUGGCGACGAUGCCUACUUCAGCCUUCUCACGCUGGCUAUGACCCGCGAGAUCCAAAAGCGGGCAAAGCUAAUGAAAUACAACACCAUCGACGACGCCGUGGAGCUGCUCAAGCGCUCCAAGAACAUCAUCGUCCUCACCGGCGCCGGCAUCUCCACCUCGCUUGGAAUCCCCGACUUCCGUUCUAAGGGCACCGGUCUCUACUCCAAGCUCGAACACCUUGGCCUCAGCGAUCCGCAGGAGGUUUUCGACAUAAACAUUUUCCGCCAAGACCCCAACAUCUUCUACUCGAUCGCGCGUGACAUCCUUCCCAACACGGAGCGCUUCUCGCCCACGCACGCCUUCAUCGCCCUGCUCCAGCAAAAGGGAAAGCUGCUAACCAACUACUCGCAAAACAUCGACAACCUCGAAGCCAAAGCUGGCAUACACCCGGACAAGCUCGUGCAAUGCCACGGCUCCUUCGCCACCGCCACCUGCGUGAAGUGCGGCUACAAAGUCCCCGGCGAAUCCAUCUUCCCCGAAAUCAAAGCCGGCCGCAUCCCGCGCUGCCGCAAGUGCGCCCAAGGCAGCCGCACAACCAACAACUCGUCGCGCAAGCGCAAGCUCGCCCGCGACGGCACCGAGAAGAAGCCGCGCCGCGUUAAGCCCGGCGAAUACGACAGCAAUUCAGAUUCCGAGUUCGACCACAGCAACUUAAACCACUUCUCUUCCGAUCCUUACUCGUCCGAGCACGGCUCCAACACCAUGGGAUGCGGGGUUAUGAAGCCCGACAUCACCUUCUUCGGCGAAGCCCUGCCAGACGAGUUCUCGACGCGACUGACGGAGCACGAUCGCGACCUGGUCGAUCUGGUGAUCGUCAUCGGCACUUCGCUCAAAGUAGCACCCGUCUCCGAAGUCGUCCCCUUUUUGCCGCCGCACAUCCCGCAAAUCUACAUCUCCCGCACCCCCGUCAGCCACGUGAACUUCGACAUCGACCUCCUCGGCGACUGCGACGUGGUCGUCUCCGAACUCUGCAAGCGGGCCGGAUGGGAUCUGAAGCAUGAGAUGAUUCCCGAAGGUCAGGUCAUCAGGACCGAGCUGGCCGAGGGAUAUAAUUCCCGCCAUGUGUUUACGCAGAUAGAGCCGAAGCCGAAGCCGACGGUUGUGGCGGAGCUGACGCAUCAUAGUACCCCCAAAGAAGUGGCCAAGGAGCAGAGGGAGGCGAAUCGCGAGGAGAGGAGACGGAAGAGGGAGGAGAGGGAGCGCGAGAUGAGGGAGCAGGAGGAUCUCAAGGCUGCGGCGGAACGGGCGAAGAAGUUGGAGAAGAAGGCGGAGAAGGAGAAGGAGAGGGAGAGGGUUAUGCAAGAGGGGGGCGUUGUGAAAGAGAAGGAGGGGAAGAAGGAGAGUGGUAAGGUUGUGAAGGAAAAGGUUGCAAGGGAGAAGGGAAAGGGACUGGUGGAAAAGGAGAAUCGGGAGAAGGAAAAGGAAAAGAGGAAGGAGCAGAGGAGUAGCGUUUCUACUGUUUCUGAGUGAGGAGAGUUCUCUACUUGGAAGGAGAAAGCACGCAUUGGGUCGGUAGGCGAUUGGUAGGGACUGGUAUGGAAUGGUAUGGUAUGGAAUGGUAUGGUAUGGCAUGGUUCGGAUCGGUAUUUCAACUCAUUCAUUGCUCGAGGCGUUUUUACGGGUUCAUUCGACGCUGGUUAUUCGCAU